CUCAUCCAAUCUUCCUUUCAUCACACCCACCAAAACAUCUUCUCACCCCUUGCCCUACUAGUCUUUGCUUGUUUGUCCUGUCAAAAAAUCAUCCCACAAGCCAAACGUCGCCUUCUUUACCUUCAAUCGGCGGUCGCUAUUGCCGACAGAGCCCCCUUCCUAGUCCACGACACCCCAUCCUGCCUUCCUGACUCGAUAAUACUGUACCAGCAAACUCCUUUUGUGCUUCGAUCACUCCUACUCCAUAUCAUUUUACCUACCUCACAAACUCCAGUCUCUCGUUUCCAUUCAUCUAGGCACCUAAGUACGCUCCAGUGCGUCCUCAUCUUCUCUCCUGCCUCUUCUCAUCUUUCAUCUACCUGUCGCACACCGAAGACUGUUUCAAGUUCAACAACAGUCGACCACCAUGGGCGCCAAAUCACUCAUCAGCUACGGUUUCCUUAUCCUGCCGGUGGCCGUCACGUUGGGAGUGCUGCUCGGCCUUCAAUCCUAUCGAGUAUCGCGUGGAUUCGCACCGCCGUUUGUGAGCAACAAAGUCACUCACAAGCAGUACUGCCAAUUGUCCUUCGGUAUCUCGCCCGAAACCAGUGGUCAACAGUACACACGUGAGUCCUGCCCUCUUGUUAUUGCCUUUGGCUAGCUCAGCCGACGAUGAAAACUUUGUCGGUCUUCCCACCUGCCAACAAUUUGGUGCCUUGCAUCAGUGAACGCUCUUGGGUGGCCAGGUUUCCCGCCUGUUCCUGGACUUUCACCUGUUUGGACUGGUCGAUGACCCACCCGCAAGAGUGUCCUGCAUUGUUGGCUGCAAGUCGGCAUUUGGAGAUCCCUGAACCUCCGUGGUCUAGCCGCCUUGGGGAAGAUGUCACCUCCUCUCUCUACCCGUCAUGUUCUGUACUUCAAAGCUGACUAAAUAACGUUCAGUGAAUCCCAAUCAAUGGGGUGUCACCGAUGCUACCACUAGUGGUGGCCUUUGUAUGAACGUUACCUCGUUCGACAACGGCUCCUACCCGACCAGAACUUCUGCCCCGGAGUGGUCGAUUACCUGGCAAUUCCCCCAGGGUCCUCCAACUCAACCUGUGCAUGCCUUCCCCAACAUCCAGAUCGAUCCAUCGAACAACGUUCUCCCCGUCGAGAUUUCUACUGUGGCUGCAAUCAACAUCUCAACGGAAUGGCAUUACGGUGUUGGCAGUGUUGUCCCGACAAGCACAGAUGGUACCGAGCUUACCAGUAUUGAACUUAAUGCCAACGUAGCUAUCGACAUGUUCAUUGACUCCAACCAGCAUGCUGCCACAAGCACAAAGGAUGCCAAGUACGAAGUCAUGAUUUGGCUAGCUGAUUUUGGCGCCAGUACGCAACCCAUCGGUCUCGAGCAGGGCUCGCGAAAGACCGUAGUCAUCGGUGGCACUACUUUUGACCUCUACUUUGGUGUGAACGGUCUGCAGCAGACAGUCUUGACCUGGGUCGCCUCGGGGAUGGUGCAGAGCAUCUCUGCCGACUUCAAGCCAUUGCUAGAAGACCUAACCAGUGUGGGAGGCCCCAGUACUACCGAUUACCUAGGCUACUUGGCCUUUGGUUCAGAAGCUCUGUGGUCGUCACAGAAUGUCACCUUCUCGAACCCCACGUUGAACAUGGAUAUUGUCACUCGGUGAACAAACUUGAGAUAUAUCUAGCACAACAAAUCUAUCGACAUCACAGCACCAUAUACACGAGUAUUUGGAUGUCAGAUGUUUACAUAUCAGUCGAGCCACAUACGGCCCUCGAUGAGCCUCAAAAUGACAUGCUGCCGGCGUAGGCUCCGUGGGCUUACAAGAGCUUGGUGCUUUCACGCUACAUGUCGGCGGCACAGAAUAUUACACCGCCCAUCGGAAAUGAGGCAUGCAACUCCUUCAGUGGCACGUUUGACUGACGCUUGACCAUGCCAUGUGUGCCUCCUCGGCGUGCCACGAUUAGAAAAAGUCAUUGGGGAUGGCUGCCGCACUCCGCUACAAUACUCUCGGUGCCGUUGCUUAAUUUGCAGCUAUUGGAAAUCCCGGGCAAGGUCUACUAGACAACCCUGAAUCAUUGCACAACACUGGUAUUGUGCAUUUCAUGGCGUCUGGGGGCGGGCGCGAUAAGGAGGGAGAUGCCCCAGCCACACCCUACCUCAAGGCACGCAAGACCUUUCACCAGUGGCAUAUCAUUUGUCUGAUAUUACUGCACGGAAAUGCGUCACCUUGCUUGUUGUUCCCGAAGAAGAAGGGGGCGGAUUAUGACCCCGAAGAGCCGAAGUGACAAGCUGGUCAACCAAGUUUUGCGGAGUGCCGGUCAAAUUACUUGUUUCACCUAAAUUAAUCAACAAGUUGCUGCGCCCUCUUUGGACGCACAUCAACGUGUGAGACAUACUGUACAUAAACGGAGGUCGGCGUACGGAAUUCGGAAUACUCGUCAUAAUACAAUUUACUUAACGCUUGA